GGUCUGUCAAACCUUACUUCAUCGACUACCUAGUUAUUGGAAGGAAAGCCAUCCAUCGACACGCUGGCCCCGAGUUGAGUAACGAGAUAGUAUCGCGAUAUAGUAGAAAAUCCACGCUCAACUCCGCAUUGAGGGGGAAUGCGGAUUGAUAAUAUAGUAUAACCUGACUAUACCUACAACAAAUACUGCGUCUUCAUCAAGCCAUCCUAAGUAUUCAAACCCUCAAACGCACGAGUCCAAUUUAGUCAAGAUGAAGCACGUCAAGUGUUCAGGAACACCUUACGAGAUUGGCCAGCAGCACGGCCAAACUGCCAAAACCGAGGUUUACGGCAGCAUCGCAUUUUAUGAGGCCUUCUUCAAAGAGAGAACCAACCUUUCGUGGUCGCAAGUCCAGGAUGUAUCGCGCGCGUUUCUCCCAUUCCUGGACUCAACGUAUCCGGAAUAUGUUGAGGAAAUGAAAGGCGUGGCUGAUGGCGCUGGGGUCGAUCUCGAUUCAAUCGUCGCGCUCAAUGUUCGCACUGAAAUCGCGUACGGCAUGUUGAGCGACGGCUGUACUGCUUUUACCUGGAAAACGUCAGACCAAAGCUUCAUCGGCCAAAAUUGGGACUGGCGCAUUGAGCAGACUCCCAAUAUAAUAUCUCUCGCCAUUCAGCAGCCUUCCAAGCCAACGAUAACUAUGAUGACUGAAGGUGGUAUCAUUGGCAAGAUCGGUCUCAACUCCGCCGGUGUUGGUGUCACUCUUAAUGCAAUUUCAGCACCGGGCGUGAUUUAUAACAAGCUUCCAGUCCAUCUGGCUCUGCGAACAGUUCUCAACAGUACUUCGCGCGAAGAAGCAACCAGCUCUUUGCGAAAGUCCGGCAUCGCGGCGGCCGGACACAUCACCAUUGCCGACGCAGCCACAGGCGCUGUCGGUUUGGAAUGCACUGCCCUAGACAUUGUGGAGAUGCCCAUGGAUAACAAGGGUACAUGUACUCACUCAAACCAUCUUGUCAACCAGCACAAAGUGAAAGAGAAUUCGAUAUUGACUGACUCUCCAUUCCGCCUCGAUCGUGUCCAGGAGCUGAUCAAAGGCAUUGAGGAACCGACGAUACAGAAUCUGAGUGAAAUGUUGAAAGAUGAGAAGAACUAUCCGGCCGCCAUCUGUCGAGCUGUGGGUGAGAAGAGUACGAUAGCUACCUUGUUUUCAAUCAUCAUGGACUUGAAGGCUGGUGUUGCGAAGGUCAAAAUCGGUCGGCCAAACGAAGACGGAGAAGUAUUCGAAUUGAGACCGUAGAUAGGCUUCAUUUUUUGGACAUUUUGAUUGUGCUGCACUGGAAGAUAUCCCGACUCGACUUGAUGCCGAUGUGAUUGUUUUCACCCUUCUACCUUAUGUACAACUCGCAACUCGAAGUAGUCAUGACCCAUAAUCGUCUAAUGCGCUUCCUUCCCGGAGAUCUUGUUUGCUUUGUCUUCUUGCUCAAUCUGUUGCAA